AUGGCCACAGACUUAAAUGUAGCACAAGAUACGAAUUGCCCAGUAGUCGCCAGUUCAACGCUGGUGAACGAAUCCGACAUCUUCGAGCACAUUACCAACGAUCCGCGGGUAUUUUAUAAAAAUCAACAAAUGGACGAUCCCGAGCUGACCGUAUGCGAGAAGAAAGCGAUUCUUCGUGGUGUGCUUAAUGAAAGUCAUGGCACCUUUCUGUAUCGGUUCGGAUUUGUUAUGCGUGACGAACAUCUGUCAUACUUUGAGCACCCGGACCAAACGCUGGCGUACAGUCCGGAUGAAAAGCACGAGAUUGCGUAUCAUUUGGCGCGUAUUCGCCAGCUUCGCAAUGGGGGCCGUGCGAUCGAGGUGCGGAAUCGUCGCUACGUGGCACUGCAACAGAUGAGCAACGAUGGGACGUAUUUCACCGAGACGGAAAUGAUGCAACGUGCUCCGUUGCUGUACGAGCAGCUCGUGGGUCAGUUCAUGACGGAGCAGGAAAAGCAGGAACGAGAUGCGAGAAUGCCAAUGCCACAGACUGUGGUUGGCGUUCUGCUGAAACAAAUCGAUAAGGAACGGGCGGAGAAAACGUUGCAGGAGCAGAAAACCGAAGAAAGAGAGCAGCAGCAGCAGCAGCAACAGUACCAGUCGGAAGUGGACGAUUCGCGGGAACAGUUGGACCAAUCGCGUCCAAAUUCGCCCAUUUGUCUCAGCUCGCAGUGGGGUAACUUCGACGAAGAGGAGCAAUUGCGGGUAGCAGAAUUGCGUCAGGCACGAUACACGCGCGCCCUGCACAAAAGCAACCCAGCACAUCUGAUAACGGCUGGCGAACGGGAGUUGCUGCUUGACGAGUUUAUUGGUAUUAUGCACGCCCGGUUUAUAGCGGGCGAAGAGGAAGACUUCGACUACACGCAGGUGGACAAUUCGGAUGAAUACGAUGAUCUGGUUAAGAUGAAUCAGGAUGCGGAGGAGAAAUAUUUCGAUAAGGAGGACGAAACGGAGUCGAAUGAUGAGGAGCAGGAUGGUUUAAAGAUGAGCGUGGAACAGACGGAAGAAAGUGAAGACGAACUGGACAUCUAUAUGCGGCACUUGAACCAACAUCUGGAACAGCAACAAAAGACUCCCAACGUGCCGGUGUCGGUUCGCGAUCCAAACUGCGAAUACGAUAGCGAUGAAUAA